CGCGCUAUCGAGCCUUUCCCCUUAUGUGACGGCACGCCACAGAAGGAUUCGGACGGCCCGCCUGAAGCCUCACCGCUGUAAGCUGGCGGGUCGCACGGGAUGAUCAGGCGGGAUGUCGGAGGGUAUAAGAGUCGGGUCCGCUGCUCAGUCGCGUUCGCUCUGUAAUAUCUAGCCGACGGUAGACUUCAAGAUGCGGGGUUUGAUCGCUGUAAUCGCGUCUGCUGCGUGUGCGCUGUCGCAGAGCUUCGAGCCGGCGGACUUCAAUGUCACCGAGGCAUUGUUGAAGAACGGCGUCGCCGCGUCUGCGCUGCCUGAGCUGUCGGAUCUGGACGCGCGAUCGGCGCUCAGUGGCUGCACGGCAGCAUGCACUUCGCUCAAAGCCGUUUUCGGCGCCAAUGUCGUCGUGGAGGGAAGCCCUGGCUAUGCAAACUUCAGCGCCGCGUACUGGUCCCAGCAGCAGGCAGAAGUCAGCCCGCACUGCAUCUUCCACCCGACAAAGGCUCUGGAUGUUUCGACACUGGUGCUUCUCUCACGCCUCACGCAAUGCCCCUUUGCGGCCAAGAGUGGCGGCCACGCAGCCUUUGCGGGAGCCUCGAACAUCGAGGGCGGCAUCACUGUCACGUUCCAGAAGAUGAAGGGUCGCACGCUGUCUGCCGACAGAAAGACUCUCGCCCUCCAGCCCGGCAACACCUGGCGCGAAGUGUACAGCAGUCUCGAGCAGGACGGUCUUGCUGUUGUGGGAGGGCGCGUGGCGCCCAUCGGCGUCGGCGGCCUCACAACCGGCGGCGGCAUCUCCUUCUUCGCCAACGAAUUCGGCUGGGCAUGCGACAACGUCGAGGCCUACGAAGUCGUCACCGCCUCCGGCCUCAUCGUCACCGCAUCCCCAUCAUCCCACCCAGACCUCUUCUGGGCCCUGCGCGGCGGCGGCAACAACUUCGGCCUCGUCACCACCUUCACCGUGCGCACCUUCCCGCAGGGCCAGAUGUGGGGCGGCGACCGCAUCUACCUGGAGCCCGCCUUCCCCGCGACCAUCGACGCCUUCGUCGCGCUCGGCCAGGCCGCCGCCACCGACCCCAAAGCCACGCAGAUCCUGUCGUUCGUCGUGCAGGCCGGCACGAAGCUCGCGUCCGCACAGCUCGAGUACGCGCUGCCCGAGCCCAACGCCUCCGUCUUCGCAGCGUGGAACGCGAUCCCGCCCGCCCUCGACAACACGGGCGUGCACUCGCUCGUCGAGCUCGUCGACAAGCUGACCGCCGUCAACCCCUACGGCCAGCGGCAGAGCUACUGGACGCAGACCUUUGCGCUGGACCGCGCGCUGGUCGAGUUCACGGCUGCUGCGUUCUUCGAGGAGACGGCGAAGAUUGCCGAUGUGCCCGGCCUGCUGUCGCCGCUGUCGUUCCAGGUCAUCACCGUGCCGCAGCUGCAGGCCAUGCGGCAGCGCGGCGGGAACGCGCUGGGGCUGGAUGCCGCGGGGGGCCCGCUGGUGGUGAUUAACCCUGCGCCGGCGUGGACGGAUCCUGCGGACGACGACCGCGUGAAUCGGUUUGUGGCGACGCUGUUUGCGCGCGUGACAGCCGAGGCGCAGCGCAGGGGGCUGGCGCGGUCGUACAUGUACAUGAACUAUGCGAGCAAGUACCAGGACGUGAUUGCGGGGUACGGGGCGACGAGCAAGGCGAGGCUGCAGAGUGUUGCGAAGAGGUACGAUCCGCGGGAGGUGUUUCAGAAGCUGCAGCCGGGGUAUUUCAAGUUGGACGGGGCGCCGGCGGUGCUGGCGUAGGAGGUCGACGACAGGGAGGUGUCUGGUGUCGCAGCAUAGAUUGCCUACUUAAAGCAGUAACUCUAGAGGAUGUAGCAGUUGCGCGUGACUGCUUUUUGCCUCUUUUCUUUGCGAUAUCUGGCAUGUCGCUCAUGUCCAGUCAAGUGGUUGUCUGAGUGGUGUUGCACUGCUCGUGAUAUACACUGCCACAUUCCCUGCGAUAUAUCGUUGCUAACAACGCACAAGACAUACAGUAUAGCAGGGGUAAGUAAUUAAUGU